CACAGUGGGGAACAUGCAUGGCCGAGCGAGUGCUCCUCUGACAUGGGUUGAUUUCUUCAUGCUGAACUACACGACUUUCCACCGCUCCUGCUUAUAUUUGCCUCGUUUCAAGCGACACUUAGACAUAUUUGUGUCCAUGCUAAGGAUUUUAUGAACUCGUUUUUUGCCACGGCACAUUUAAACGACUCCGGUUCAAGGAAAGAGCUGCUCCUAGUUCUUCAGCGGUUCUUCAGCCGUGACAAUACAGCGACAGCGACAGCGCCGACGACACGGACACACAGCCGCGCGAGUAAAGGAAGAUUUGGCACUGUCUGUAGCCGGCUGGUUCUGUGGAGUUAAUUAUUAUUCAAAUGUUCUAGAAACAUUUCAGAGCAUAUUUAUGCAUGGACCACGCUGUUAUUAACUUGAAAAUCAACAAUUCAACGCUGCGUAGGCCUAUAGUUACAGAAACUAUUGGUGCCCAAAGAAGAGUUGAUCCGAGAGAAUAAUUAUUCAUUUGUGUAGGCUGUGGUAGACCGACUACAGGAGAAAACUAUUAUAAAGCUAAAAAUUCAUGUUUAUAAUAUCUGUGACAUCCCACAUCUUCUGCGGUCGAAGAGGAUGCUCUUGUUGCUAUGAAUACACGACAAAAACAAUGACUGAAAUAGUGUCUUUUAAACGGAUCCUCAACUAAUUAAUAAUCAAGACAUUUACCCACCAAUUGCAAUAGUUUUUAUUCCACAAACUGGCAUUGCUUUUUUUUACUGAAUGAAAAAACAACUUUUUUUUACAAAUGUCAAUUCAAGCCUCAGCACAAUAACUGCUUCGUGAAAUAAUCCAAUCAAUGCGUUAUACUCGAGCAGUCAACUAAGACAUAAGGCAAUUAUAAUUUAAAAGCCUUCAGAUGUGAAUCUAAUUUCACUCUGUUCAUUUGAAGAAUUCUACCGCGCCAGACGCUGCAUCGAGAGGGACCUUGACGUGUCCAAGUUCGGGAGCCAUGCCGCAGAUGGAAAUGAUCCUAUGCGUUUCGCUGGUGUUAUGGACGUGUGUCUACGGCCAAGAGCCGGCCUCCAAGGUGGUGUCCGACCGCUAUGCGGUCUACUGGAACCGGACCAACCCCAGGUUCUACCGGGGUGACUACCACAUCGACGUGUGUAUAAACGACUACCUGGACGUCUUCUGUCCCCACUACCUGGACUCUGUCCCAGAGGAGCGGACAGAGCACUACGUCCUCUACAUGGUCAACUACGACGGCUACAGCUCCUGUGACCACACGGCCAAGGGCUUCAAACGCUGGGAGUGUAACAGGCCCCACUCCCCAAACGGACCCCUGAAGUUCUCCGAGAAGUUCCAGCUCUUCACCCCUUUCUCUCUGGGCUUCGAGUUCCGCCCCGGCAGAGAGUACUACUACAUCUCUUCCACCAUUGCUGACAAUGGAAGGAGAAGUUGCCUACGACUGAAGGUGUUCGUCAGACCAGCAAGUAAAUACAAUUGUGUGAAAACUGUCAGUGUUCACGAUCGGGUCUUUGACGUCAAUGAGAGAGUGGACAAUUCCCUAGAACCAAGAGAUGACACCAGCCACGAGUCAGCUGAGCCAUCCCGAGGUGACGUCAACUCCGUGGGCCGGGUUCAGACCGCCGGCCUGCUGGUGACCUCCUCCCUGCUUCUCCUGGCAGCCAUCUUGUCUUCAUAGCGCCCAGCCUGAGGGUUUUAGACAGAGCGGAGUGGACCGCCCUGACUGGACCACAGGCCCCCCACAACCCCCAAGGAGCACUUUUUAACAGACAGUCUCUCUCAGUGCAAGGGAGACGAGAGACUUAUAAGUGGAAGUCCUUUUUAUAAACGUUGCUUUGGGGAGUUAAGAUGCCAAAAGCCUUUUUGUCAUUUUACUUUCCUGUGAAUAUUUGAUAUUUGAAGGCCAUGGUAUGCCGUUGAAUUUGCUCUCCCCAUACCCUCUCACACACUAACACACACACAUGCUCCCUCUCUCUCUCUCUCUCUCUCUCUCUCUCUCUCUCUCUCUCUCUCUCUCUCUCUCUCUCUCCUCUGUAGCCACACCAAACAUUUUGCAAGAUUAAACUACGGAACAAAAAACAUUUUCCAAACCCCCAAAUGACUUUGAUUGAGAAUAUGAUGAAGUCGUGUGGCAAAUGACAAUUGAUCGUUUGAAGAAGGCUUGUGACUGAUCGGAUCUGCCAAUGGCAAUGAGGCCAAGGCAUACUGGCCAAUCAAAUGAGGCCAACGGUGAAACAAGGAUCCAAAGCCAUGCCAUGGUUGUAGCUUGGAGAAAUCCUGUUGCCAAGCAGAGGGUUGUCUGUUGUUUUAUUUCCUUUGAAGAGUCCAUUAGAAGUUCCUCUCAGGUGAUGGGGGUGGAAUUCAAUGACUCAGAGACUGGGAGAGGAUGUUUGAGAUUAACCGGAGAAAAUAAGCCCCCAUGUUUAGUACUUUCUGUCCUUUUAGGGGAAUUAGUGAUUGAUUAAUGUAUUUUUGAAAUAAAUCACAUAAUUCAAGUUUAGCAGCCAACACGGGUGUAUAUUUGCGAGGAGCGUGGGAGCUGAUAUGGUAUUUUGUCAGGCAAAUGUAUUUUCCUAUUUAUUCUUGAGUCCUCGUGCUCUGUCCCUUUUCUGAUGACUGUCCUGGUUCUGUCACUGUAACUACAGCAGAGAGAAGCCCAAAACAUCCCACCACGAAAAAGCAUCAGUCUCUCUUUUUGUUUAAGACGGGUAUGCUUAUAUUUCAUUACUCGUACACAUUAAAUAUCUGGGCUUGGACUCAAAAUGUAACUGAAUUGGAUUGUUUUUAUCCAGCUGAGUUCAGGGAAGAGGACAGAGAAUCGUUUGUUGUAUCAGGGUGUAGGAAUGUGAGUUAUAACUGUGAUCUUCUCUGUAACAGUAAACACAAACUAUAUGCGUACUAACAAGUCAGCCCAUAUUACAAUCCACUACUUCAUUUGGAAACAUUGUCAUAACCUUUACCAAACUACAUUUACGUUUAUAAACACAAGGUACAGGGAUGACACCGUUCUGUAGCUAACACGAUUAGUUUCAAUGAUGUUUUUAGUAGUAUUCUUGGGUUCUGCCAGGCAAACAGCACACACUUGCAUUGAUAUUGAUAUUGAUAGGUUAGCGACUAUGCAGUGAUGAUCCACCCACACGUCCCCGCAGUUCUCCUAACUUUGCAGGAAGGUUGUGGUAACGUUGUGGACAUAAGGUUCCUCUAUAGCAGCUGCAGCUCUGGUAUGAUUUAGCCGUGUCUUUGAUGUCGUGUGGAGCAGCGUCCUUGCAGACCACAUGCUGGGUGGCCAUGCGUUGGUUAUUUCUGGAAUGGAAAAAGAAAAGACCACCAGGAGAGAGAGGGAGAGAGGUGUCCUGUUCAGUCUCUGGAUAGGUUCACUAGUAGGGGUGAGAGAGGUGUCCUGUUCAGUCUCUGGAUAGGUUCACUAGUAGGGGGGAGAGAGGUGUCCUGUUCAGUCUCUGGAUAGGUUCACUAGCAGGGGGGAGAGAGGUGUCCUGUUCAGUCUCUGGAUAGGUUCACUAGCAGGGGGGAGAGAGGUGUCCUGUUCAGUCUCUGGAUAGGUUCACUAGUAGGGGGGAGAGAGGUGUCCUGUUCAGUCUCUGGAUAGGUUCACUAGCAGGGGCGAGAGAGGUGUCCUGUUCAGACUCUGGAUAGGUUCACUAGUAGGGGCGAGAGAGGUGUCCUGUUCAGUCUCUGGAUAGGUUCACUAGCAGGGGAGAGAGAGGUGUCCUGUUCAGACUCUGGAUAGGUUCACUAGCAGGGGAGAGAGAGGUGUCCUGUUCAGACUCUGGAUAGGUUCACUAGCAGGGGAGAGAGAGGUGUCCUGUUCAGUCUCUGGAUAGGUUCACUAGCAGGGGAGAGAGAGGUGUCCUGUUCAGUCUCUGGAUAGGUUCACUAGCAGGGGGGAGAGAGGUGUCCUGUUCAGACUCUGGAUAGGUUCACUAGCAGGGGAGAGAGAGGUGUCCUGUUCAGACUCUGGAUAGGUUCACUAGCAGGGGAGAGAGAGGUGUCCUGUUCAGACUCUGGAUAGGUUCACUAGCAGGGGAGAGAGAGGUGUCCUGUUCAGUCUCUGGAUAGGUUCACUAGCAGGGGAGAGAGAGGUGUCCUGUUCAGUCUCUGGAUAGGUUCACUAGCAGGGGCGAGAGAGGUGUCCUGUUCAGUCUCUGGAUAGGUUCACUAGUAGGGGCGAGAGAGGUGUCCUGUUCAGCCCAGUGGACCGGAGUGAGCGAUGAGGUGAGAGAGAGGCCCCAGCUGAGACCAAUAGAAAUCGGCGUCUCAAACCCAGGAACACUCGGUAAAUAUUUCCCUCAGUCCCUUCACUUACUUAUAUACAGUCUAUUUAGUGUACUGACACUAACUCACCUCCUUUGUAAAGAGUCAAAUGGACUAUCAGUGAGAAAUACAUUUAGCCUCUGCCUCUGUAGGCUGUCAUUGUGGGAUUCAGUUUGACCAAAUCUGUAGAUAGGAAAAGUCCAAAUUCAUUGUCACCGACAUUCACUUCGGGCAACAUUGGGAAAUACGGAUCACCUUGUCUUAUGGGUACUGUGUAUCCAGCCGUGGUCUAACAGAACGUACAGUGUUAGAGCAGUGAUUCUCACACUUCUUUGAAGGGCAACCAGAGUUAAGGGAGACAUUGUUAAUGUUUUUAGUGAGAAAAAUGUAAAUGUUUGAUAUAAAAAACAAACAGUUGAUUUCAUUUCUAAAUGUCUUUUUGUAUGAGAAACAUGAUCAAUGUUACAGUCUAUAUCUGUCAAUUCUGAAUCCACCGUGCGGUUAGCAUUAUGUGUAAGCGUCUCAAAUAUCAACUGUGCUGUGUGUGUGUGCGUGUGCGUGUGUGUGUGUGGAGGUUGAAGUUAAGGUCUCUGCUAUUGGAAGUGCACUAUAUCCAUCCAUGCCCAUUCCAAGAACCAGACCACACUCUUAUCGCUCUCCCCUUUUGACCAGACCUUUACUUAGUAGUAUUUUCAUCUGGAAUGUGGUUUAGGUGCCUGAUGUUUUGAGUUCUUGUACCUGCUUAGUGGUCUCUCCAAAAUGGUUUCAGAUGAAGCUUCAGUAGUCAGUAGCACCAUGUUGUUGUACCUGAAUUCAGGAGAUGGAAUGUCCAUUUUUUUGUAAAGCUUGUUGAGUGCUGGUUUUCUGUGCAUAUCACAAUGUCCUAAAUCAGUUAACAGUAAUUUUUUAUUCAACCGUUGAUGUAGUGUAUUAGAUGCAGUUUUGUUACAGGGUGAACAGUGAAUCUGAUUGGAGGAGCUCUUCACCUGAAUUUGGUACCUGUUACUGUAGCCAUUUAGCCUGAACCUAAUGUCACUGUGCCCUCCUAUGUACCCUGUCCUACUGUAUGUAUCUGUCCCCUGUCCUCUGUCCCUGUCUUCUGUACUCUGUCUUCUGUGCUCUGUCCAUGUCCCCUGUCCCUGGCCUCUGUCCAUGUCCACUGUCCCCUGGCCUCUGUCCAUGUCCCCUGUCCCUGGCCUCUGUCCAUUUCCCCUGGCCUCUGUCCCUGUCCUCUUGUCCCAGACCUAUUGUCCUCACCUCCCCAGACUGUUGUAACUCCUCCCUCUCUUCCUGGUCUAAACUCGCUUCACCAAAUCUUUCUGCAAAUGUAUUUCAUACGAAGGCCAUUAUUUGUAAAUACACGUGUUGGAGCAGCUAUGACUAACUACAACAAAAAAAUGAUUUAAUAAAAGUUGUUUGUCAUUGUCUCUCAAA